AUGGCAGUCAGCAGCCUCCUGCUGCUCCUGCAGCCCUGGCUGGCCACAGCCCUGCACAGCCCUCCCGGCUGCAAGAUCCGCAUCACCUCCAAGGGCCUGGACUUGGUGAAGCAGGAGGGGCUGCGCUUCGUGGAGCAGGAGCUGGAGAACAUCACGGUGUCCGACCUGCACGGCAAGGAGGGGCAGUUCCACUACAACAUCAGCCAGGUCAAGGUGCUGGACCUGCAGCUGCCCUUCUCCGACCUGCGCUUCCAGCCCCAGCAGCACCUCGCCUUCACCAUCACCAACGCUUCCAUCAGCCUGCGCUUCCGCCGGCAGCUGCUCUACUGGUUCUUCUAUGACAUCGGCUCCAUCAACGCCUCUGCCGACGGCGUUCAGAUCCACACGGUGCUGCAGCUGUCCAAGGACGAGACCGGGCGCAUCAAGAUCUCCAACAUGAGCUGCAACGCCUCCAUCGCGGGGAUGCACGCGGGCUUCUCGGGCACGCUCAGGAAGGUUUACGAUUUCCUGAGCACUUUCAUCAUCACAGGGAUGCGCUACAUCCUCAGCCGGCAGAUCUGCCCAUCCCUGAACCAUGCUGGCCUGGUGCUGCUCAACUCUCUGCUGGACACGGUGCCAGUGAGGAACUAUGUGGAUGAGCACGUUGGGAUUGACUACUCCCUCCUGCGGGAUCCUGUGGUCUCCACGGACACCCUCGACCUGGACUUCAAGGGCACGUUCUUUUACCGUGGGAAAGAGAACCAGGAGCUGGAAAACCACGCGGUGGAGCCGGUGAUCAAGGAGACGGAGCGCAUGGUCUACGCUGCCUUCUCCGAGCACUUCUUCGACUCGGCCAUGCACUCGUACUUCCAGGCGGGCGUGCUGGCCAUACAGCUGGAGGGGGACAAGGGGUUCCUCACCGUGGUAGCUGAUCUCCACUUCUCCAAGGGGCUGCGGGAGGUGAUCGAGAAGUAUCGCCCCGCGCCCACCGCCCUGGGCGGCCCCCUGCCCGCGGAGCCCAGCCUGGAGCCGCUCCAGCUCUAG